AUGCCAUCAGCGUCCUCCUCCUCCUGCCAGAAGCCCGGGGCCUGCCCGGCUCUGCCCGGCCGCGUGCGGGGCCCCUGCCUCACCAGCUGCCAGGCCGACCUCGACUGCCCCGCCAAGAGGAAGUGCUGCAGCAACGGCUGCGGACGGAGGUGCCAGAGCCCCGUCUGGGGAGUGUGCCUGCUGCCCCGCUGGCCGGGGCCCUGUUUGGCCUUCGUCCUGCGCUUCUUCUACAACCCCGCAUCCCAGAGGUGCGAGCGCUUCAUCUUCGGCGGCUGCCACGGGAACGGCAACAACUUCGAGACCAGAGAGGCCUGUCUGUGGGCCUGCAGCAGGAAGCCGGAAGAUGACCCCCUGGAGCCCGCCAAGAUGCAGAAGGUGCCAGUCUCGAUUCCGGGUCCCCGCGUCUUCGCUACAGGUAAGCCCGGGGCCUGCCCGGAGGCGCCGUUGGGGACCACUGGGAACUGUGGACUGCAGUGCCGCUCCGACCACGACUGCAAGGGCAGCACGAAGUGCUGCAGCAAUGGCUGUGGCCUCGUCUGCAAGUUCCCGGUGUUCAACAAGCCCGGGGUCUGCCCGCUGGACACCCGAAGCUGCCCCCAGCCUGGCCGUCCCCUCUGUUUCAGCGACAGCCACUGCCCGCUCCGCCAGAAAUGCUGCUACUACGCCUGCCACCUUCGUUGCACGGUGCCCGUCCUAGGUCGCCCCGGCCGCUGCCCGCCGGAGGCCAUCCGCUGCGUCCGCCCGGAGCCGGACCAGUGCCGGAGCGACGACGACUGCCUGGACCUGAAGAGAUGCUGCUACCACCGCUGCGGCCUCAAGCCUGGAUGCCUCGCUUCUUCUUCAACGUGGCCACCACGCGCUGCGAGAGGUUCAUCUACGGCGGCUGCCGAGGGAACCGGAAUAACUUCCCCAGCGAGGCCGAGUGCCGGCACGUGUGUCGGAAGCUGGACCUGUGCUUCCUGCCCCCCGUCGAGGGGCCCUGCCAGGCCAAAAUCCCCCGCUAUUUCUACGACUCCGUCGCCCGCCGGUGCGCUGAGUUCUUCUACGGAGGCUGCAAGGGCAACCCAAAUAACUUCGUGGAUCGGGAGAGCUGCCAGGCAGCGUGUGCGGCCCGGGGCCGGGACAGGGGCCGCGGGGACCGGAAGGGCCCGGAGGAGGUGUGAGACCCCCAAACCGCGGCCCACGGGGACCCCCUCGCUCCGAUGGACCGACCGGGCCCCGGCCCCCGCCGAUGAGAAGGGGUUUGGGGACGUCCCGUCGCCGGCCGGAGGCCCCGGUGUUUCGGGGGGCUGCCCGGGACCCCUGAAGCGUGCAGAGACCCCCCCCCCCCGGAAAAGCACGCUCCCCCGGUAG